AUGCCCCCUCCUGUCCAUUUUGCAGGCUACUUGCACGUCACCUCAAGAGGAAAUAUGUCAACAAUAUUCCCUUCAGCUGCCUAACAGCUUCACUAUCAGGUCUUUACCUGCAGCCUGAUGGCUCUCCUAUUAGCAAUGACUAUACGUUUUCUCCUGGUCACUAUGUACCGGAUUUGGACCUUUGCACCCAAAAUACUCUUACACCCAAAGCUUACCGAAGGAUACAACUGAUACGCCAAGUUCCUAGAGGCUUAUCGAUACGUGCACAUAAAGAUGAGCAAUACAAAGUAUGCAAUGCGGAAAUCAAAAUAUACCAACCCCCAACGCUAUUUCGUGAUUCAGAAAGCUAUCCUCCCCCAAAGGCUUUGCUCGUACGGAGUGAUUCGUCGGAUAGCUUGCAUUGCGCGAGAAAGAUCCAUGGAGAGCAAGUUGACUUAAGCCUUGUGAAGAAGUGGAUUUCGGUUUGCGAGAAAGGACACAAAGGAUGCUUAUCUCUAGGAGACUUUGGACAUAUCGGAAGAGACCAAUUGAGCAAGAACGUUCACGGACUAAAAGUCAUCGAUGUUUUACAGCGUAUGGUUGUCACAGCACCCCCUGAUUGCCGAUAUGCAGCGUUAAGCUAUGUAUGGGGAAAAAGUCCAGUGCAAUUCCAAACAAUGAAGGCAAACCUUGCUAUUGUCUCCUCAUUUCUAGGACUGGAUGCGCUCGGUGUUCAUAUUCCGCAAACUAUAACCGAUGCAAUGACCUUGGUCUAUGGAAUUGGAGAACGCUAUCUAUGGGUUGACACUCUUUGUAUCGUCCAGGAUGAUCUUGAAAGUAAGUCUUAUUGGAUUGCCGAGAUGGCUUCAGUUUACCGUCGGGCUUUAGUAUCGAUUCUUGCUGCUUCAGGUGAAGAUGCAAAUGCAGGUCUUCCUGGUAUUAGACCAGGAAGCCGGAAGAAAAGAGAUCAAAUCAUGGAAGAGGUCAAACCAGGCGUGCAACUUACGGUAACUGAGGGGCCUACCACGGGUUGGGAUCUCACUGAAGGGACUGUUUAUAGGUGAGUAAUGACCUUGGGCCCUGGGGUUCCCUUAUGUACACAGCACAAAGCCUCUUCUUGCUGGGCGACAAUAGACUGACUUUCAAAACUUGGUAAUCUAGCCAGCGCGCGUGGACGCAAGUAUACCCCUAUUCCUAUAUUGUACAAAACUAACCGUUGAUAGAUUUCAGGAGAGAUUACUAUCAAGGCGCAAUAUUAUUUUUGGAAAGGACAAGACCUCAUUCGAAUGUUCUCAGACUAGAUUUGAGGAAGAGAUAAUAUACGAGCACGAGGACUUCACUUACCAAGAUCAUGAAGCGUUUGGACUCAAUCAAAGUAUCCCAUUAAUGAGGCUCAACGCAUCAGUUUUCAUUGAUCAAACCUACUCAUUUUCACACCCAUUGCACAACAACUAUAUACAGAUCAUGUGCGAGUAUAGUAGGAAGAUUCUUACACACGAAGGCGAUAUCUUGAAUGCUUUCGCAGGAAUCUCCCGUGUACUCUCCGCAGAUAUGGAAUCGCCGUUUCUUUACGGCCAUCCGGUGCGAUUCUUUGAUCUGUCACUCCUAUGGCAAUGGAGUUUUUCACAACAAGUUCUUGAAAGGAGACAUGGCUUUCCUAGCUGGUCAUGGAGUGGGUGGCUAGGUGAAAAAGACUGGAGUAAAUCCAGAAUCGGAAACGAGGAGAUCUGGCAAAAAGAGUACAGCUUUAUUGUUUGGAAAGUUUCGGAGAGUCGUGAUGAGAUUGCAAACGGCAGUAUGUUGUCUUCGGCGAUCCGCCGACCGGGUCGAAGUCCGGAUGAGGUCCUGGGUGGCACUCGGAAUUUUGGACUAACACAAAUCUUGCCAUACCAAGCCGGAUCAGGAACUGAAUUAUUUAGAAGACUUUACUUACAUACGAACUACUUUACAAUAUCAGCACCAUCUAGUAUUUCGGUCUUUAUCUUUGAGGUUUCUAGUACGCCUCGAUAUUUGGGGUCUUGUCUCAUCGAAAGCCCCUACAACUGACCUCUUCGACCCUGGGAAACACGAAUUACACAUACAUGGAAAGGCUGGGGAACAUUGCGGGAGGCUAUUUCAUGGUUGUGCGAAUCACGCAAUGAUGGCGGAGAUGGCACUCGGAAAGAAGGUGCUGUGCGAUUUCAUCGUUUUAUCUGUGGGCGAAUGCGAUAAAGAUUGUAUCCGGCAUUACCCACGUGAAGAGAAGGAUUGUCUCGCGCUCAAUGUCAUUGCCGUGGAUUGGAAGGAGGGCAUAGCCGAACGGAUAGGAAUCGGAAUCAUUUUUUUGCAUACUUUGGAAGAAGAUUGCUUGGAGCCAGGACCUUAG